ACUGCGCAGGUAUACACCCAAUCCCACGAGAUUCUAGGAACAGUCAUCGUAGGACUGUUUCUCCUCCAGCCACUUCUCGGAUGGUUUCAUCACCGGCACUUCCUUGCGAAGGGCGCCAAGGACUACAAGCGGGAGGUACAUGUCUGGCUGGGGCGUGGUCUGAUGGCAAUCGGCACGAUCAAUGGUGGAAUUGGGAUAAAGUUAGCGAGCGAAACGGACAAGAGUAAGACUGCAGGUAUCGCAUAUGGAAUCAUUGCAGGACUCGUCUUUGCUGUUUAUCUCGGAGUUUGGUUCUGGUCUCGUCGCCAGAGACGCGGAGAGGCGGGGAAGACUGAGACUAGUGGCAAUGAGGCCGCGGAGGCGGGUGUUUCUGGUUAG